AUGGCGGAGCGGAGCACACCUUCUUGUGUGAACUACUGGGACGAUUUCUACAGUGAGGGCGGACCGGGCUAUGUGGACACCUACGAGUGGUACCUCCUCUAUCCCGACAUUCGACCCUUCCUCGUCGCCAAUCUCCCAGCCGAGGGCCAACGGAUUCUUCACAUCGGUUGUGGCAACUCGGUGGUGGGCGAGAAGAUCGUGAACGACCCGGAGCUGCCGACGGGAGUGACGGUGGUCAACAUCGACAACUGCGAGCUCAUCGUGGAGAAGAUGCGCGAACGGCAGCGAGAAGCCUACAGCGCUGCCGCUUCAGCGUCGACGACAAAGCCAUCGGGCCGCGGACAGACGUCUGCCGACAAGAAGCGAAGAGCGGCAGGCAAGAGCGGCCACGGCGGCGGAGCUGCGCCGGACAUCGAUGAAAUGCUGUCACGAUGCACCUACGAGCUCAUGGGCGUCGAGAACAUGACCCUAGAAGACAACUCAUUCGAUCUCUGCCUUGACAAAGGCUGCCUAGAUGCCCUGUUGUCAACGGGUGAGGCGGAGGAGGGAACGAACGAAACGAUCCAACAGAUGAUGCGCGAGGUGUAUCGAGUGCUCAAGCCGGGCGCCAAGUUCCUCAUCUUCUCCAAGAACGACAGCUUCAUCACCAAUCCCUACUUCUACAUCAGCGACGACGUGGACUGGGAGGUGCAGGCCGACACCUUCGAUCGGUCCACCGUGGCUGCCGGUCGCGAGGGCAAGAAGGGCGGUGGCGGCCGAAGCAAUGCUAACAGCAACGGAGACGGCAGCGGAGGACCCGGUGGCGCCACCCUCGCCCGAACCUUCUAUCUCUACACCCUCACCUCCUGCAAACCGGAGUGA